AUGCGGAGAGUUCUGUGCGUGGCUGAAAAGCCCUCGAUAGCCAAGGCUGUCGCUGAGCACCUUUCUGGUCGCCAGAUGCAGAGCAGCCGAGUUCGAGGCACGCAAUACAUCAGCAAUCAUGAGUUCAUGUACAACUUCGGCCAGCGCUGGGGUAAUUGCUCCGUCAUAUUCACCGCCGUCACCGGCCACUUGACCUCCCAGGACUUCACCGAUCAGUAUCGCUACUGGAACUCCUGCCGACCUCACGACCUCUUCGAGGCACCUAUACGGACCUUCGUCGCCGAUGACAAAAAGGGGAUCGCUCAGAACAUUCAGACUUUGGCAACGAGGUGCAAUGCCUUGUUCAUCUGGACUGACUGCGAUCGGGAGGGCGAGCACAUCGGCACCGAGAUACGCGAGUGGGCUCUGAAGGGCAACGGGACCAUCGAAGUGAAGCGUGCCAGGUUCAGCAACAUCGAGCGCGCUCACGUCAUCACGGCCGCUCGGAACCCCAUCGAAAUCGAUGAGCGAGCCGCGCAGGCUGUGGCUGCUAGAAUCGAGCUCGAUCUCCGCAUUGGUGCCGCCUUCACACGCAUGCAGACGCAGACGUUGGGCUCUAUGGUCCCUCGCGAGGGCGUCAUCAGCUAUGGUUCGUGCCAGUUCCCAACGCUCGGUUUUGUUGUGGACCGCUAUUUCCGCGUCAAGAACUUCGUGCCAGAGACCUUCUGGAAUAUCAAAGUCAUGCACCUCAAGGAGGAUAUCAAAGUCAACUUCAACUGGGCCCGCGGUCACUUGUUCGACCGCAUGGCUGUGACCAUCAUCUUCGAGCGCUGCCUAGCAGCUCGUAAGGCCAAAGUUACCAAGAUGCAGAGGAAACCCACGACAAAGUGGCGGCCUUUUCCAUUGACGACGGUUGAACUCCAGAAGAUGGGCAGUCGUUAUCUCCGCAUGGACAGUCAAGCGGUUAUGAAAGCUGCCGAGAAGCUUUAUCAAAACGGCUGGAUAAGUUAUCCUCGCACGGAAACAGAUCAGUUUGAUAAGGGCAUGGACCUCAAGAAGAUCAUCGAAAAACAGCACCAAUCAAGAGACUGGGGACAGUACGCACAAGACCUGACUGGAGGUGGUUUCCAACAACCGAGGAACGGACGUAACAAUGACCAAGCUCACCCUCCAAUCCACCCAGUCAACUUUGUGGAAAAGACAGCCCUUCGCGACGAAAAUGAGCGACGAGUAUACGAAUUCGUGGUCCGUCGGUUCCUGGCGUGUUGUUCCGAAGAUGCCAAAGGCGAGGCGACGGACAUCGAGAUCCUGUACGGAAGCGAGACGUUCCGCACACACGGGUUGAAAGUGCUCGAGCGCAACUACCUCGACGUAUAUCCCUACGAUAAAUGGGAAAGCAGCCAGCAGCUUCCAACCUUCACCGUAGGCGAGGAGUUUGAGCCCACCGAGGCCAACAUGGGUGAGGGCAAGACGAGCCCACCAGGGUACCUGACGGAACCCGAGCUGAUAUCACUGAUGGACGCGAACGGCAUCGGCACGGAUGCCACCAUGGCCGAACACAUCGCCAAAAUCAAGGAGCGCGAAUAUGUCAUGACUCGACCCCGAGGCGGUGGACCUGGCAACCCCGGCGGUGAGGAACUGGAAGAAGGUGCGCCUGGUGGCCGGGGCGGAAGAGGGGCCAGAGGGGGCAGGGGAAGGGGUCGUGGUGGACGAGGAGGCAGCACUGCGGCGACCCGUGGAGGAGGCAGUGGCAUGCACGAGUUCAUCCCGACGACAUUGGGCGUGGCAUUGAUCACUGGUUACGACGACGUAGGCUUCGAGACGAGUUUGAGCAAACCGUUCUUGCGCAAACAGAUGGAGCAGCAGAUGCGCGCCAUUUGCGCCGGGUCCACGACAAAGCAUGAUGUCGUUCAUCAGAGCCUAGAGCAGUAUCGCGAGGUGUAUGUGCGUACGACGGCACAGAUCCACCGGCUCAAGGACGCGGUGCGGAAAUACGUGCUCCAGCAGCAGGCGCAGUGA